AACAGGGUACUCAAGAGAGUUCCUGACCAGAUUCAUCAAGGUCACUGACCUUUUUUCAGUGAGAGAGAAAAGAAAAAAUGGCUGCCAAAGCUCUCUUCUUCUUUGCUCUGCUUUCUAUCUCAGCUUUCUCCGCUUUAGCAGAGAAUGAGGAAGGAGGAAACCCUGGUCUUGUCAUGAACUUUUACAAGGACAAUUGUCCUCAAGCUGAAGAUAUUAUCAAAGAACAAGUCAGGCUUCUCUACAAGCGCCACAAGAACACUGCAUUUUCUUGGCUCAGAAACAUCUUCCACGACUGUGCCGUUGAGUCUUGUGAUGCUUCACUUUUGCUGGACUCGACAAGGAGGAGCCUGUCUGAGAAAGAGACAGACAGGAGCUUUGGACUGAGAAAUUUCAGGUACAUUGACACCAUCAAGGAAGCUGUGGAGAGGGAAUGCCCUGGAGUUGUUUCCUGUGCUGAUAUUCUUGUGUUGUCUGCUAGAGAUGCCAUUGUUUCGCUUGGCGGACCUUAUAUCCCUCUCAAGACAGGGAGAAGAGAUGGAAGGAAGAGCAGAGCUGAUGUGCUGGAGCAGUACCUUCCUGAUCAUAAUGAGAGUGUGUCUGUUGUCCUUGAAAGGUUUGGAGCUAUAGGCAUUGACACUCCUGGAGUUGUUGCCCUUCUAGGAGCUCAUAGUGUUGGUAGAACCCACUGCGUGAAACUGGUGCACCGGCUCUACCCCGAGGUUGACCCUGCAUUGAACCCUGCCCAUGUUGAACACAUGCUCCACAAGUGCCCAGAUGCAAUCCCAGACCCCAAAGCCGUCCAGUAUGUGAGAAAUGACAGAGGCACACCCAUGAUCCUAGACAACAACUACUACAGGAACAUCUUGGACAACAAGGGCUUAUUGAUUGUUGAUCACCAAGUUGCCCUAGACAAGAGGACCAGACCUUAUGUCAAGAAAAUGGCCAAAAACCAAAACUACUUCUUUAAGGAAUUCUCAAGAGCCAUAACCAUUCUUUCUGAGAACAAUCCACUUACUGGCUCAAAGGGGGAGGUCAGAAAGCAAUGCAACCUUGCCAACAAGCACCAUUAAGAAGUUCUUUUCCUUAUCACCGAAGCUCCAAUUUCUCUCCUUUGUUUUCUACCAAGGAGCAGAAUGUGAGAGCAGCAGAAUAAGUUGGUUUGUCUUAGAAGUGUUUGUUACUUCGCAGGGUGGUUGUUGCACCAGUUAAUGAUAUGAUAAUGGUGGUGGUCACAUCUUUCAUUGCACAUGCAUGCCCUGCUCUUAGCUUAGUUUUUCUCUCCUUAUGAGUUUCAUGUUGUUGGUGAUGGGAAUAGUGGAUGGAUGUUGAGGGUGUAUGUAUGUAUGUAGUAUGAUGACGUAUCUAUGUAUGGAUGGACGGAUGGUGGUGAACAUAUAUGAUGCAUGGAUUUCAAUAAUGAUGGUUAUUUACUAUUCAUGUCUAA